AUGGGAUCGGGAAUCGGAUCUGGAUUGUCUCCAUUCGGUCAAAAUGCCGCUUCGACUAUUCGUGAUUCGCGUGAAAGGGAGAAAAAAGAUUUGGGUGAUUUAAACGAUCGACUUGCCUCCUAUAUCGAAAAGGUGCGCUUCUUGGAGGCACAGAAUCGAAAGCUUGCCACCGAUUUGGAUGCGCUUCGAUCGAAAUGGGGAAAAGAUACGCACAAUGUGAAAAAUAUGUAUGAGAGGGAACUCGGUGAUGCACAAAAGCUCAUCGAGGACACUCACAAACAACGCAAAGAGCUCGAGGGACAGGUGAAGAAAAUGCAAGAUGAGCUCACGGAUAUCAAGAAAAAAUACGAAGAUGCCGUUCGAGGGCGUAGCACAGAUCGCGCGAAAAUCGACGAAUUGUUGCGGCGAAUCGCUCAACUGGAAGAAGAGGUGAAGAGGAUCAAGUCGGAGAACCAGCGACUCCUCAGCGAGUUGCAAAGAGCAAGAACGGAUCUCGAUCAAGAGACUCUCAACCGGAUCGACAAUCAAAAUCAAGUGCAAACACUGCUCGAAGAGAUCGAUUUCCUUCGUCGUGUUCAAGAUCAAGAAAUUAAAGAGUUACAGAUGUUGGCCGCUCGUGACACCACCCCCGAAAACCGGGAGUACUUCAAGAACGAGCUGUCGUCGGCGAUUCGCGAAAUCCGUGACGAGUAUGAUCAGCUCUCGAAUGUUCACCGCAACGACAUGGAAUCGUGGUAUCGUCUUAAAGUUCAAGAGAUUCAAACACAAUCGGCUCGUCAGACGAUGGAGCAAGGAUACGCAAAAGAAGAGGUGAAACGUCUUCGCUCACAGCUCACCGAUUUGCGUGGAAAGUUAGCCGAUUUGGAAGGAAGAAACUCCCUCCUUGAGAAACAAAUCCAAGAGCUCAACUAUCAACUUGAGGAUGAUCAAAGAUCUUACGAAGCGGCACUCAAUGACAGAGACGCCCAAAUCCGCAAAAUGCGUGAAGAGUGCCAGUCGCUUAUGGUCGAACUGCAGAUGUUACUGGAUACUAAACAAACGCUUGACGCUGAGAUUGCUAUCUACCGGAAAAUGCUGGAAGGAGAAGAGAAUCGAGCCGGCCUUAAACAAUUGGUCGAGCAAGUCGUCAAGACUCAUGGAAUUCAGCAAGAAGUUGACACUGAGACAAUGCGUGUGGUGAAAGGAGAGACAGCCUCUCGACAAUCAUUCCAACGAUCAGCUAAAGGAAAUGUCUCUAUUCAUGAAGCAUCUCCAGAUGGGAAAUACAUUGUUCUCCAGAAUACACAUCGUGCUAAAGAUGAAGGAAUUGGAGAGUGGAAGUUGAAGAGAAAGAUCGACGGAAAGAAAGAAAUCGUUUACACUCUACCCGUAAACUUUGUGUUAAGAGCCGGGAAACAAGUGAAGAUCUUCGCCAAGAAUCAAGCGUUUCCUCCCCGCCUGAUCAACUCGUCUUUGAUGGAGAGGAUUCUUUCGGAACUGGAAGCUCUGUCCACACAAUUCUCUACAGUAAAGAUGGAGAGGAACGUGCCACUCACAUCCAACGCCCUCGACCGCCUAGGAAAGCCCCUCUCUCAAAAACAGACUUGGAAUGGUUCCAGCAUUUGGCUCACUUCUCCGUCUUUACAAGCUUUUGUUGCCUCCUUUUUCUCUCAAUCACAAUUCCCGGAGAUCACGAACAAGCUUUGGACGGAAAAGCUGAAACUCCAGUCAACCCUCUUUGGAUCGACAAUCACCUUCUUUAGUCGAGCGAAGAGACAAAUUUAUGAUGGAGUUUGCAAGGGGUGUGGCCCUCUUGCUUGCCCGUAUGGACCCCCGGGCCCACCUGGGUUCUCGGGUUCCGAUGGCAUUCCGGGAGAAGCUGGAAAUCAGGGGACAGCCGGCGAUGAUGGAACGGAUGUACAACUGGAUGCUGAACCGGAAAUGCCUUGUGUUGUGUGUCCAUCGGGACCAACUGGACCAAGAGGAGCUCAGGGUGAACGCGGUCGUCAAGGCGGUGCUGGACCGGGAUUGGCUGGAGAUGCUGGAGAAGCCGGAGAUAAAGGACCUGAGGGACCGACAGGACAACCGGGGAAGACAACAGUGGCCGGGAUUGGAAUCAAGGGGCCAAAGGGACCGCCUGGGCCCUCCGGAAUGAUGGGACCACCUGGGCCUGGAGGAGAAACCGGUCCACCAGGUGCAUCGGGUCCAAUGGGGGCAGCUGGUCGACAAGGGCAUCCAGGCAACGAAGGACCCUAUGGGCCACCGGGUGACGCUGGAAUGCCGGCCAGUUAUUGUCCGAGAAUGGAGAUCUUGAAAAAAAACGACGAAAACAAAGUGGACGAUAAUCAUUAUUACGGAGGGCCGGCUGGGGAUGGGACGAGUGGAUAUGGAAGACGGAGAAUGAUGGGAUUGAUGACGCACCUAGUGAGCCAACCAUUCAGAUUACCCGUUGAAGAAGACAACGGAGGAUGGGCAUAUGACAUGAGA